AAACACAGACUCCAGGACACUGUGAAAGAUGAGGGUUACGGCUGUGAUUCUUCUGCUUCUGCACACAAGUCUGAGUUUCGCUCAGAAUGGAGUAGAAACAAACUUAAUAGACACUUUCAAACAGCAGACAUGUCCUUUGAUGAUGUGCAGAGAACUAACAAAGGAUCUCGGAGCAUCAGAGGAGAAACUAAAGUCCACAGAGAAACGACUCCACGCUCUCGAAUCAAAACUGCAGGAGCUGACGUCAAGACUCGUCGACAGCGAAGCUCAGAUUGAAGGACUCCGAGCAGAACACACAGGCAGACCAAAGGUGGCGUUUUCAGCUGCAUUAGGGUCAGGUGGUUUCUUUGGACCAUUUGACACAGAUGUAACAUUGGUCUACAAAGAUGCCUUCAUCAACAUUGGUAACGCCUACAACAAGAACACAGGUAUUUUCACAGCGCCGGUGAAGGGAGUGUACUACUUCAGUUUCUUCUACCAUUGUUCGACUUCUCAUGGAACAGAGCUGGCCUUGCAUAAAAAUGGAGAGUGGGUAACAGUGACAGCCCAUCACAAGAAAAAAGGUCCGGCAGAGAACGGAGGCAAUGGCAUAACGCUGCAGUUACAGAAAGGCGAUCAGUUAUAUAUCAAUCUCAUCAAGAACAAAUGGAUAUGGGAUGGAAGCAACGUCACUGUCUUUAAUGGUUUUCUCCUUUAUGACAUGUAAAUACAAUCAACUGCAGAUUGUAAAAUAAAGUUAAUUAAGUAAAGAAAAUAAUCAACACUUUAUUAUUUACUGCAGUCCUUGUUUUAUGGGAAUAAAACAUUAUCACAA